UUGGCCUCUGGCACCCAGGAAGAAUCAGAAAGAUGAGGUAAACCCAAUUUUGAGUGAUCAAUAUUCUGGCCAUGUUUAACCCCAUCUACCCACAUAAAGAUCGGACCAUGAACGACUGGGUCGGGGUGCGACCAAAAACUUGAAUUGAUCAACGACUGCUGACUGAGAGAGGACGAAGUGCACCGCCUCAACUUCUUUUCUCACAACAAACCCAGGACGAUCAAACAAGGACACGCCAGCGGAAAACGGUGCAAUGGCUCAAGUUAUGGCAAACCGGAUCGCCUUGGAAGCGGCAGCAAGGUCUCUUCUCGUUGCUCCUCGCACCAACUCCCUCGUGUACAGGCUGUCCAACAACGACCCCACUUUGACUUAUCUGAAGCUUGUGCGAAAACCGGCCACCCAUUUCGGUGACGAAGAAUUGUCGGGGUUCCUAUUGGCUCUGGAGAAAAACAAGACAGUGACGAGCGUACAGUUAUCAUGGAGGUUUCUGAGUGCCCUUUCAGCCACGGAGCGAGUGCUUCUGAUGGGGGCCCUGGGGGCUCUAUUAUCCUUAGAAAAGUUCAUGAUGGAAGCGAUUGGUCCAUGCAAUGCGCUCGUAGCGGCCCUGCAAAAUACCCAAAAUCUCAAGGUUUUGUGGAUUAAUUCCUUGCGGUUGUCAUCCAAUGCCGAAGUCACCCAGUUGGCUGCGGCAUUGAGCCGCAACGUGUCAUUGCAACAAAUCACCCUAAACAACAUCCGUCUCCAAGUCCAAGGCACUUACCGAGUGGAUGAACAGGGUAUGGUUUGGUUUCAGAAAAAUCAAGCCGAUCAAAAGAAACUGAACAAGUUGGAUUUGAACCCACUAUUGAUGUCCAUUGCGGAAAUACCAGGAAUGCAAAAGAUUCAAUUGGAUCUCAAAUUAGACGCGGCAACGAUGGAACGGAUUGCCAAGCCCACGCUUCAACGCAUGUGCCGAAGCUCAGGCCUAACCUUUUUGAUGCUCCGAUGCUGUGAUUUAGACGAUGACGAUGUGGCAGUAUUGGCAGAGGAAUUCCAAAAGAUUGGCAGCACUGGCAACGUUGAAGUGCUAAACCUGACCCGUAACAAUCGUAUCUCGGAGUUUGGUUGGAAAAUACUGGUGGCAAUGCUGGAAACAAACUACAGCCUUACGGGCAUGUACACACCCACCACAACGGGUCCUAGCCAACCCGAGGAACAAUACAACCACGUGCUGGCAGGCAGAUUUGGUUCGUAUGUGGCGUCGCGGAAUGCGGCUCUCAUGGAGCCAUCCGAGUGCACCCCGCCCAGUCCCGAAACACGCGGCAAAAUGGACCUCCUACUCAAGCUGAAUGAAAAGGGACGAAAGGGUCUUUUGACUAAUCCUUCCAAAGUGGCUUGGCUCGAUUUCAUGAUUCGUGAGAUUGACGAUUUGGACAUGGUGUUCUAUGCUUUGCUGUGCUCUCCCGGUCUAUUCUUUGUUUGA